AUGGCUCCUCAAUCGGCGAAGCGGAGUUCCGCCAAAGACGAUGAUUUCGUAUUCACGCUCUCCGACGACGAGAACGAAACCCGUUUCGAAGAAGAAGAUGACGACAACGAGAUGCAGGACGAUAAUGUGCUAGCAUCAGACAACAAAAAGCGCAAGCGCGAGGUCGAAGCCGUCAAGCCCAAGAACAAGAAGCAGAAGCAACUGGAAAAGCAGCAAUUAAAAAAUGCCAAGAAGAACAAGAAGAACGCCGAGCCUGCACCCGAACCCGAAUUGGAAGAGGAGGAGGAGGACGAUGAUGCUGCAGCGGAUGCAACAGAAGACGACGGCGUUUUGAACCCCGAGUUCGAGUUCGAUGUUGGCGGUAUCGCGAACCGUGGUGUCACUGAAGGCUUUGAUGGCUGGGGUAUUGAUGAUAACGAGAAGAAGCGCUCCGGAGACAAGAAGGCUGUCGAUAUUGAUGACAUAAUUGAGCGGAGGCAGGCCAAGAAGGACGAGGCUGCUGCUAAGAAGCAGAAAAAGAAGGCUGCCGAGAAGGAAGAGAGCGCCAGCGCAUCUGAAGACGACGCUGCGUCGGGCGAUGAAAUGCCCGUUGACUUCGAGGAUGAUGAGCUCAUGGCUGAUGACGCCUUCGGCAUGGGUGCAGACGGCGAGGAGGAGAGUGAUGCUGAGGGCCCUGAGCCUGGCUCUGGGGAUGAAGAUGAGGAGGACGAUGAGGACAAGGAUGAGAAUGAGGAUUCCGAUGACGAUGCUGCAUCUGACAACGACUCCGUCGCCACACCCGUUAAUCACCCCGACGAUAUGGGCUCAGACCGGGAGUCCGAUGUAGAGAGUGAGGUGGACGAGGAGGAAGCAGAGAAGCGCAAGGCGUUCUUUGCUCCCGAAGAGAAGGUUGACACCAAGGCCAACAUGGCAAAGAUGACUUUCCAAGAAUUCAAUCUUUCCCGCCCCAUCCUUCGAGGUCUCGCUGCAGUUGGGUUCACAGACCCGACUCCUAUCCAGCGCAAGGCGAUCCCCGUUGCUCUGCUAGGUAAGGAUAUCGUCGGUAGUGCCGUGACUGGUUCAGGAAAGACCGCUGCCUUCAUUGUUCCUAUCCUCGAACGUCUCCUCUUCCGUCCCCGGAAGGUCCCUACAAGUCGUGUUGUGGUUCUGAUGCCCACCCGUGAGUUGGCUGUUCAGUGUUACAACGUUUCCGUCAAACUGGCCACCUUCACAGACGUCACAUUCUGUCAAUUGGUUGGUGGUUUCAGUCUUCGUGAGCAGGAGAAUGUGCUCAAGAAGCGCCCCGAUGUUAUCAUCGCCACCCCCGGUCGUUUCAUUGAUCACAUGCGCAACUCGCCUAGUUUCACAGUUGAUACCCUGGAGAUUCUUGUUCUCGAUGAGGCCGAUCGUAUGCUUGAGGAUGGUUUCGCCGAUGAGUUGAACGAGAUUCUUACCACGAUUCCCAAAUCUCGCCAGACUAUGCUGUUCUCUGCGACCAUGACAGACUCAAUCGACAAGCUUAUUCGUGUUGGUAUGAACCGCCCGAUGCGCUUGAUGGUUGAUUCCAAGAAGAACACUGUAUCCACCCUUAUUCAAGAGUUCGUGCGUCUCCGUCCCGGACGGGAGGACAAGCGUCUCGGUUACCUUCUGCACCUGUGCAAAGAAGCCUACACGAAGCGCGUUAUUAUCUUCUUCCGACAGAAGAAGGAAGCUCACCGCGUUCGUAUCAUUUUCGGCCUAUUGGGCUUGAAGGCAGCAGAGCUACACGGUAGUCUGAGCCAAGAACAGCGUAUCAAAUCCGUCGAAAAUUUCCGAGAUGGCAAGGUUGCCUACCUUCUUGCCACCGACGUUGCGUCUCGUGGUCUGGAUAUCAAGGGUGUCGAAACCGUCAUUAACUACGAGGCUCCCCAGAGCCAUGAGAUCUACCUGCAUCGUGUUGGACGUACAGCCCGUGCCGGCCGCUCUGGUCGUGCAUGCACGAUUGCCGCCGAGCCCGACCGGAAGGUCGUCAAGCUUGCCGUCCGCGCAGGUAAGGCCCAAGGCGCCAAGAUCGUCAGUCGUGUGAUUGAGCAAGCCGUUGCCGACAGCUGGGCGCAAAAGGCCGAGGAUAUGGCGGACGAGGUGGCCGAAAUCUUGCAAGAGGAGAAGACCGAGAAGCAGUUCUCUCAAGCCGAGAUGCAAUUCACCAAGGGUGAGAACCUCAUGAAGCACGGUAACGAGAUCAUGUCGCGGCCGAAGCGGACGUGGUUCGAGACCGAGAAGGACAAGAAGGUUUCUCGCAAGCUGGGUGCCGUUGAGUUGAACGGUCCCAAUAUCAAGAAGAGCAAUGUCAAGCUUAGCAACAAGGACAAGAAGCGUCUUGAUGAUGCGCAGAUGAGACACGAUGGUAAUAUCGGGUGGAAGAAGGGCAAGGGUGAUGCAGAGUCUGCUAAGGACCCCAAGAAGGGCAAGGGUAAGGGCAAGGGCCCGGGAUCCAAGAAAGGGAAGAAAUAA